GCGAUAUGAGCCGGCCAUGUGACUUCACUAAAUAAGAUAGUUUGAGAAUUGUCUGAUAAAUCAACUUUUACACACGUCAGAUAUUGAAUUAUCUUACAGUCGCCCUGUCUUGUUCCAGAUAUUAUUUUAAUAUUUUAAAGAAUAUAAAUUUUCUGGUUUAGUUAUUAAAAUUUGAUGUUUGUAAGAUAAAUAAUACUGAUAUUUUUUUUGCUUUCAAAUAAUCGGUGAUAAAUAUGGAUGAAAAACUUUUUGAUGUUAUUAACAAAACUAUUGAUAAUGAAGCGAAUUUCUUAAACCAUAUUAGUCAAGAAAUUUGGAAGUUUCCAGAGCUAAAAUUUGAAGAAAAAUUUGCUCACGAUUUAUUAACGAAUGCACUUGAAAAGAAAGGUUUUAAUGUGGAAAGAAAUUACAUUUUACCAACAGCUUUUCGUGCAGAAUUCAGUUCUCGAAAAAAAGGACCAGCAGUAGUUGUAAUUUGUGAAUAUGAUGCUUUGCCAAAGAUAGGACAUGCAUGUGGCCAUAAUUUAAUAGCUGAAUCUGGUUUGGGUGCUGGAAUUGCUAUCAAAGCUGCUUUAGAAGCAUUUCCUGAUAUUGCUGGAAAAGUAAUAGUUCUUGGAACACCUGCUGAAGAAGGUGGUGGUGGUAAAGUUACCUUAAUUAAUGGAGGAGCUUUUAAAGAUGUUGAUGCAGCAUUAAUGGUUCAUCCAGCUCCAGAUGACCAUCUGUAUCCACCUUUCAUUGGUAUAAAACGGAAAAUAAUAAAUUUUACUGGUCAAGAAGCUCAUGCUUCAGGUUAUCCUUGGGAAGGAUUGAAUGCUUUAGAUGCAGCUGUUGGUGCUUACAACAACCUUGCUCUCCUUCGUCAACACAUAAAGCCCACUUGCAGAGUUCAUUCUAUCAUAACCAAAGGAGGUGAAGCAGCUAAUAUAAUCCCUGGUCACACUGAAAUGCAGCUUUUCUAUAGAGCUGCCACGACUCGUGAUUUAGACGAUCUUGGAAAGAGAGUAGAUGCAUGUAUAACUGCUGCUGCAGUAGCAACUGGCUGUGAAGUUGAAAUUGAUAAUGACACUGACAAUGCAUAUAAAAGUCUUAUGACUAAUAAAGUCCUUGCAGAAAGAUAUAAGAAAUAUGCAGAAAAAUUAGGUGUACAGUUUGAUGACGGAAAUCCUAAAAAAAUCCCAUUCAUGGCUUCUUCAGACAUGGGUGAUGUGUCACAUGUUGUUCCUAGCAUUCACCCUGCCUAUUCUAUUGGAACCAGAGCUUGCAACCACUCUGUAGGAUUUACCAAAGCAUCUGGUGCUCCCGAAGCUCAGACAACCACAUUAAUAACUGCCAAAUCAAUGGCAAUGGUGGCUUUGGAUCUGAUGUGUGAUAAGGACUUGCUAAAGGAAGCUAAAGAUCAGUUUGAAAGAGAUUUAGCAGAAGAUUCUGGUGCUUAAAUUUUUAAUAUAAAUUUUAUAAGCUUAACAAUACAUAAUUUUUAAAAAUUGAAAUUAAUUUUUAAGUGAAUGUUGAUCAUGAUAAAUUUUUACUGAAGUGAAAAAAAUUUUCUGCCCAUUUAAAAUUAUAUUUUUCAUUACAAUUACUUAUACAAAUAUUUUGUUAGAAUAUUAUAUUUUAAAUUUUUUAGACUCAAAAUUCUUCAAGAAUUGUUUUAUACUUUAUAUGUGAUUAUGAAUCUCUUACCUUUAUUUAUUAGUAUGGAAACUAAUCUAUUUCAAGUGAUA